AUGGAUGUUGGCUACGCCAGUAUGUAUAGGCCUUACUAUGAAGGAAUAUGGAUCUCCACUUCGGUUUCGCUAAAGGGGUAUCAUGACAACACACCACAGAGUCCACCAAUCGUCUUGCGAUGGAAUGUGGUGCCCGCAAGAGAACUAACUGAGAAAAACUAUGGUACGGACGAACGUCGCGUCAGUGGAGAUCUGACGACUGCUAAUGCUAAACCUCUAUCGUAA